CCCCUCCCAACUCACCAGGCCAGGCAGCGGCCGUCUCACUGCCACUCACUAACGCGUGUCUUCACUGAGCCAGGACGGACUGGGAAGCAGGUUACCUAGCUGUGCUGCCGUCACCACAAGCGCAGCGUGAUUUCCUUUCCUCCCUACUACAACAUCCAAUUCCUCGAAGUCUUGUCUAUCUUGAUUGAGCACACGUGUAACCAUGGGGAAUGUAGACUAUUCGACGAUACGUCCGCCGCUACCGCCGCCGCCGCCGCCGCCGCCUCCGCUUCGGUCUCGGCGCUCAAGACUUGGCACGGAUCUGGCGAUUAUCGGCGUGCUCAUUUUGCUCAGCUUCGGCAACAUCUACUUGCACGCGCCUCAAAUACUCGGGUUGGAGCGUCACAAAAGCCACAGCCACAGCAAUGACUCUCCCUUCGGCCGGUUUCCUCUUCCCAAGGACCCCUUCCGUCUGAUCCCCUGCACGAACGCCUCGGUUCCGCCGCCGCUCGACGACCCUCAUCCCGAACAGACCUGGGCGGGGCUCUUCGACCCGGACCCGUCUCAUUGGAGCUGGGGGAACAAGACGGUUUCCGUCGAGCGGGCUGCCGCCGAUCCUUACUCCGACCGCGGCAUCUAUCUCUGCGGCUACCUGGAGGUACCCCUAGACUACACCAACAAGUCGGACGACCGAAUCGUCCGGCUGGCCAUCACGAAGUAUCAGGUCUCCGGAUUGGCCCGCGUGGGCGCGCCUGUCGACAGCCACAAGAACCCGCCCCCGGGCGGCAAGAGCCAGCGGACCAUCGUCGUCGAACCCGGCGGCCCAGGCGGCAGCGGAACGUCUUACGUUUGGAGGGUCUCGGAGCAGGUCUCCAAGCGCCUCAGCAACGGCACCUUUGAUGUCCUGGGCUGGGAUCCGAGGGGGGUCAACAUCACCCAGCCAGCCGUGGCCUGCUUCCCAUACGACGUCGACCGGGACCACUGGUCGCUCAUCACCGGGCAGUACCUGGAGGUAUCCGACCCCAAGCGCCAGCUCAACAUCGCGGACGCCAUGAACGACGCGAUUUUCAAGGCCUGCUGGGAGACCCACGGGGACCUCGGCCGCUUCGUCGGCACGGGAAUGGUCGCCCGCGACCUGGAGGAGAUCAGGAAGGCCCUCGGCGAGGACGAGCUGACGGGCUAUCUCGUCAGCUACGGGACCGGCAUCGGCCAGACGUACGCGAACCUGUUUCCCGACAGCGUUGGCCGCAUGAUCCUCGACGGGACUGAGUACGUGCGCGAUCACCGCCUGCUCGGCGGCUUCGGAUGGACGGCUCUCGACAACGCGACGGAUGCGUGGUACGACGGCUUCCUCGGCGAGUGCAUCAACGCCGGGCCAAACCACUGCGCGUUGGCGGAGCCCAGAGACGGAAAGGAGCCCGUCACCCUCAAGCAGCUGGACCGUCGGCUGAGGUCAUUUCUCUCCUCGCUCGUCGACCGUCCCAUCGCCGGGUACACGCAGGAGAGCGGCCCAUCGCUCGUGACGUACUCGGUGCUUACCGCCGCCAUCUACAGCGCCAUGUACAACGCCCAAACCUGGCCGGCCCUCGCGAGGAUGCUGUCCGACCUGGAACAAGGCAACUCGACGCUCGCCGCGGCGUUCCUCGAGAACGCGGCUUGGGGAUAUGACCCGGCCCUGCCAGCCACGCCCAACAAGCGGCCCUCGUCAGACGAGCUCGGCUUUCUCGUCAUCUGCGGCGACUCCUACGACGCGCCCCUUCCGCCAGACGGCCUCGACUGGUGGGAGUCCCUCUGGGCCAAUAUGACGGCCACGUCCUGGCUCUCGGGCAACUCGCGCUUCUACGACGUGUUCCCGUGCCAGCGCUUCACAAAGUACUGGCCCGAGCCCGCCGGCGUCUACCGCGGCGGCCUCGACAACGCGCUCCGGAACCCGGUGCUCCUCAUCGCGGAGACGUACGACCCGGCGACGCCGCUGCGCAACGGCCGCCGGCUGCUGGCGGAGAUGGGGCGCGACAACGCCAGGCUGAUCGCGCACCACGGCUACGGGCACUCGUCGAGGGACACGUCGCGGUGCACCGACGCCAUUGCCCGGGCGUACAUCCUCGACGGGACGCUGCCCAACGAGGCGGAGACGGCUUGCUAUGCCGACGAGAAGCCGUAUCUGUAUGGCGUCAAGGACGGCGGCGUGAAGGACAUGGCCGUAGGGGGCUUUGAUCCCGUCGGCGUGUGGCGCGAGCAUCUCCGCGAGAUGGAAUUCAUGAAGUAGAAAACAUUGAUCAGCCGCUUGAGUUGAGGGAGAGAGACCACAUGUUCGCUUUAUUCAAUUGUGUUUUCGUAUUGCUAGUGGAAACAAGCUUGCUUGUCCACCAAAUCACGGAAGCUACAACAUGAAUCUUGACAAGACCCAGCCACGUUUUCUUCUACGGGAGCACCGGUGAGUCUCUGUGCCGCUGUCAUAUCCCGAGACAACACGUUCUGUCUCAAAGUUGACCGCAGAAGACACGUUGACUUGGAUGGCUGCUGAUCUGACCCAUGAUUCGAUUGCACACGAUACUUAAAAUCGUCCCAUGCCAAGGCUGCUUGUUCAGAGUUGAACUGCCAAGCGAAGGCCCUCAAUUUGGCGCGAGUAACUCCCAAUAUGCCCAGGUUCUUUCACAUCACAGUAUCCGUACUCAGACAUACAAUCAGUUGAGAGACGGCAAGAGACACCAGAACCAAGGAUCUGAGGCUCAUAUUGCUGCGUUCAAGUUUGAUGUGUCUCUCGGACUAACCCGGACGCUCUCUAUCAUCAUUUAACCACGCUUUGUUGUCUGUCGCGACUCUCAAUUAUCCGAAAGCUUGGCACAGGGUCAACUUGGGCAACCCAUGCUCGAACAAGGCUCACCCACAGCAUUCCGAUGUCAUCAUCGGCACACCACGAACCGUACCUAAAUCUUAUUCAGUGGACCUUUUUGAAUCAGUGCUUCCGACGACUCGUUGUCAAUGCCUUUCCACGGCUAACUGAUCCCUAACCAUGCCAACAAAGUGUAAAAUCUCAUGCCGACGUCAACUGGCACCAUGCGAUUCGUAGAACGGCAGACGAAGCCUCCUUUUGUCUUUGCAAACGCAUUCUUGUAACCAGGAAUGUAGCCAAUCCUCACGUUCUAGGCUUACGGGCUGCAGUGCGUGUCGUUCUGCGUUAAUAUACAUCCAUUGUCGGCGCAUCUCUUUUGCAAUGCCUCGAGCUUCUUCGUGUCGGACGAGCGUAAGAAUAGCCCGGAUAUAUCUUGAGACUUAUAUCCGGGCAUGGUUUGAAUACUUUUCCUAAUAUAUC